CUCACAUAGAUUGCCAUGUUUUGAAGGACAACAAAUUGAAGCCAGAUGCAGAUCAGAGGUUUAGAGAACGCCUUGGCAUAGAAAACUGAAGGAUCCCGUUGAAUUGAAUUGGGUCCAUGAAUCUUAAGAACUGUAGAAUUGCCAGUUGAUUUGAAACGCUCUGUCUUCUCCAAUUCUAACGGUAAAAUUCGAACUUGCGGAUAGAGGUGAAAUCUGUUGACACAGAGUAAUCAGGAAAUUGGAUAAUCAUGGAUGGCUAUGCACUUAAGUCUGUGUCGGACUUGCCUCCUGUUUUCCGUUCAACUUUCAGUUUCAGAUAUUUUAACUCGCUGCAGAGUGAAUGCUUUCCUGCUUGUUUCCUGUCGGAUAUGAACAUGGUAAUCUCAGCACCAACAGGAAGUGGGAAAACUGUGCUUUUUGAACUAUGCAUUUUGAGGCUUCUCUCAAGGUUUAUCUCAGGAGAGGGAAAAUUUAUUCACACAAAGGGUGCUCUGAAGACUAUAUAUGUUGCACCAUCAAAAGCAUUGGUACAAGAGAAACUUCGUAAUUGGAACCAGAAGCUUGGUUCAUGGGGGAUAAAUUGCUUGGAACUGACAGGGGACAAUGAGUCCUACAAGAUCACGGAUAUACAGGUCGCUGAUGUAAUCCUUACCACUCCUGAGAAGUUUGAUGCUGUGACUCGUUACCGCAUAAAUGAUGGAGGCCUGAGCUUUUUUGGUGAUAUUGCGUUAGUGCUUAUUGAUGAAGUCCAUUUAUUGAAUGAUCCUCGUGGAGCAGCUUUGGAGGCAAUUCUCAGUAGAAUUAAAAUGCUUUCCCGCAAACCUGAACUGAAAUCAAGUGCUCUAGCUAAUGUCCGAUUUUUGGCUGUUUCUGCAACCAUUCCAAACAUUGAUGACCUUGCAGAAUGGCUCAUGGUUCCCAUGCAAGGAGUAAAAAGGUUUGGGGAAGAAAUGAGACCAGUGAAGUUGACUACCAAAGUUUUUGGAUACACUCCGGCAAAGAAUGACUUUCUUUUUGAAAAGCGCCUACAGAACUAUGUCUUUGAUAUCCUCAUGCAACAUUCUAGAGGAAAAUCUGCUCUAGUUUUUUGUUCAACCAGAAAAGGAGCACAAGAGGCAGCACGACAGCUCUCUCAGACAGCUAUGACCUAUGGUCAUUCAAAUCCUUUUAUCAAAAGCAGAGAGCAACAGGAAAGGUUGAGGGAAGCUUCACUAUCAUGCAGUGACAAACAAAUGCAGUCUUAUAUUCUUUAUGGUGUUGGUUAUCACAAUGGUGGUCUUUCUAUGAAUGACCGCAACCUCAUUGAAGGCCUAUUUCUGAAUGGUGACGUUCAAGUGCUGUGCACUACAAAUACUCUUGCCCAUGGAAUUAAUCUACCAGCACAUACUGUUGUGAUUAAAUCAACUCAGUACUUCAAUAAGGAAAAAGGGAUCUACAUGGAAUAUGACAGAUCAACUAUUCUGCAGAUGUCAGGAAGAGCAGGCCGACCACCGUUUGAUGACACGGGAGUGGUCAUAAUCAUGACCAGAAAAGAAACUGUUCACUUGUACGAGAAUUUAUUAAGUGGAUGCGAAUUGGUGGAAUCACAAUUGCUUCCAUGUGUUACAGAGCACCUAACAGCAGAGAUUGUUCAACUGACCGUGUCAGAUAUAACAGGAGCAAUUGAAUGGAUGAAAUGCUCAUAUUUGUAUGUAAGAAUGAAAAAGAAUCCAGAGAAAUAUGGAGUAAGGAAAGGGCUAAUUGGCGACCGUUUAGAGAGGCAUAUGCAAGAUAUUUGUGUUCAGAAUGUAAAUGAGUUGUCAAGGUAUCAAUUGAUUUGGACAGAUGAAGAUGGUUUCCUCUUAAAGCCUCUUGAACCUGGAAAGUUGAUGACGAAAUAUUAUCUGAAAUUUGACACGAUGAAGCACAUCAUGCAAGCCCCUGGAAACUGUAGCAUAGAGGAUGCACUUCAAAUUGUUUGCCGUGCUGAGGAACUUGGAUGGAUACAACUGAGGCGCAAUGAGAAGAAGCUCCUGAAUGACAUAAACAUUGACAAAGACAAUCGGCUUCGCUUUCACAUCCUUGGGGACAAAGCGAAAAGAAAAAAGCGGGUCCAAACCAGAGAAGAGAAGAUAUUUGUUUUGGCAAAUGACUGCCUAACAGGGGACCCUUUCAUCCAUGAUUUAUCCCUAAGCCAGGAUAUGAACGCUGUAUGUGCAAAUGGAUAUAGAAUUGCGAAGUGCAUGAAAGAGUAUUUCCUAUACAGGAAGAACUAUCGAGGAGCUUUGAGUUCAGCACUUCUAACCAAAUCUUUGUAUAAGAAGGUCUGGGAUGACAGUCCAUACUUGCUGAAACAAUUACCUGGUAUUGGAAUGGUGACAGCAAAGGCACUGCAUUCAAUGGGAGUAAAAUCAUUUUCCUCGCUCUCCGAUGCAGAUCCAAGGAAAAUAGAGAUGGUCACUGGCAGAAAAUAUCCUUUUGGGAAUCAUAUAAAAGAGUCACUACUAUCAUUACCCCCAGAAGUUCAGAUGAGGGUUGAGGAAACUGAGGGCCAAAGGCAAGGGAGGUCCAAGGUUAUGGUAACACUGAUUAGGUUGUCACAACCUGUGCAAACAACUGAACGACAUUAUGCUGAUAUGGUGGUUGCCGUUGAAGAAGAUAAUCUGGUACUGUUUCAUGAGAAAAUAAGGGUGGAUGACUUUCCUAGCCCCUAUAGCAAGACAGUUAUGGUGCCAAGUCCACAGCAAGGGAAGCUGACUGUUAAAGCAGAUCUGAUAUUUAAUGAAUUUAUUGGUGUUGAUCUUCAUCAAAAGCUUGUAUUGAUAAAGGAGAUUAACCUUAAUUUCGUGAUGAAGUACAGAACCAAGCAACUCUCUUCCUUCCAGGAAAAUGAUGGCUGUAUCAUAGAGGACACAGAGAAUACAGUUCAAGCUUCAUGCCAAGUGUCUCACCGUUUAACUGAAGUUGAUAGGAUCUCAGACAUGCCCAGUUUCAAGCUAAUAGAUGAAGAUCUAGACGAAGUGAUACCUGCUUCUACGGUUGAAGAUGAUGAAUGCAAAAUCAUAGACGAAAAGACUAUAUUUGACCAUAUACGUGAGAAGGCUAAAAACCUCCCUGCUUUGACCUCACUGAAAGGUACGUGUUCACCAUCAUUGGAGACUUUGAAUCUCAUCAGAAAGCGCACUCGCGAGAAGCAGCUUUUGGUUGAGAAUGCUGCAGGAGUAUCAGACGAAGUGAGAAGAACGAAAGUCCCAUGUCACCGUGUGGUCGUUCAGUCUGCAGAAUAUAUCGAUCUAGAAGCAAAUAGACCAUUUUCUAACAAAGAUCAGAGACCAUAUAGCCAUCACGCCUCUAAUGCCAUUUACCUGGCUGGUGAAACAGGUGAGCUUUUCUUUGAAACUGGGAGUGUGCCAUCCGAAACAAUGGCUGAAGAAACGAUAUUCAAAUAUAACCCUAUAGAUUCUAACAACUUCCACAGCUUUGAGAAUGUGAAGAACACAGAACACAAGUUACUCAGUAUGGCCAAUGAAACCUGCAUAAUUCAUCAACCUGAGCAUAAUUCUGCCAUCUUUGGGUUUCAAGAGACAAUUCCAACAAAAGUUGUGGAAAAUGCAGCAGUUAUUAUGGAUCUUGAGCCUAUGAAGACAAAAGCAAAUGCAAUUAAACUAAUCGAAGAGGUCGAGGAUCUAACUCUUUAUGGAUACACACCUGGUACAAGUGAAAAAACUGAUCUUUCUUUGGAGACCUCAAGAAAAGAUGCAGAGGGAAAAUCAAGAUUGUUGUCAUCUGCAGAUGAUUACGUCAUAAGGAAUAAAGUGGGAAAUCCACUACGUUCUCCAAAUUUCCAGGAACAACAGGGCACUUGUUCAGUACAAGUGGGAGAAAUCAGCCAAGCAAAUCCCUUUCUUGGGUUUAAAAGCAUUUUUGCAUUUCUAUUUGAGUGAACAUUGUUAGCAUAUAAAAGUAAACGAAUAAUAGUCGAUCUUAGAUGUACUGCUUUGCAACUUUUCCUAGGCUACGCAUAAGUUUUCCUUUAGAUUCUAUCAAGGCUUCUGCAUUUCUCUCAGUGUUUUUGUGGUCCCAGAUUGAGAAAGAUGGAGAUCAUUUUGAAAAAAAUACAAGGGAAAUUAAGCAUUCUGACUUAGCUA